AUGGCGAAACCACAAAAGAAAUCUGGUGUCAUAGACAAGACUUAUAUUGAGCCAGGGACUGGAAGGCGGUUCCACUCUUUAGUAGUAGUUGAGAGAUACCUGACAGAAGCAAAUGAAGAAGUUCCACUCAAGGCAUUGAUGCCUACCAAUAAGUCUAGUAGAAUGAUUGACCUUCCAAGCUCAAUAUUGGCAUGCCACCACGCGGUCCUGGAGGGAAUAUGUGGAACCCCGUCAGGAACGAUUUCUACGGUCCCGAUUCUGUCAAGCAGAGCUGGUCCGAGAGUUUCAAAUCGUCCAUCUCUGAACCGGAAUCAUACUGCGUUGUCACGCUCUGUAGACCCGAUUCCACUUUUUUCGUUUCUUGGGCUCUGCUGGUCCAAGGCACGGUUAACUUUAAUACCAGACCCCCAAACAAGCACAUUGCUAAACUGCUACAGUGACAGCUCAGUGAUGAUGGUGAAGGGGGAAUCGUCACAGUCGGAGCCGAUUCCGCUGCUAACAAUGAGGCCAGGGGAAGAAGGAGAAGAACCCAGAAGCAGUGGCAGCAAAAGGCAAUUGCAAUUGGUCACCACCUCCCGGUCCUUCAGACUCCCCGAUGGUUGGUUGGUUGAGGAAAAGCCCCGUCCCCCUAGCUCUACCAACCCGCGCCAAACCCAUAGCGACAAGUAUUACUAUGAGCCUGGCACUGGACUGAAGUUUCGUUCGCUGGCAGCUGUUCAGAGAUACCUAACAGAAGGGCAAAUCGAACAACGUACCAUAAGAUCAAAACCACGCAAUGAAUGUAAUAUGCUGCUGACGCCACGCACCAGGAGGACCAGUUCAUCCUUUGUACUACCUGAUGGUUGGGAAGUUGAGGAGAAGCCACGAAGCAAUAUCAAUUAUUCUGGUCACAUAGACAGGUCUUAUAUUGAGACAGGGACUGGAAAGCGGUUCCGUUCUUUAUUAUCUGUUGAGAGAUACCUAACAGAAGCAAAUGAAGAUUUUCCCCUCAAGGAAUUGAUGCCUGCCAACAAGUCUGGUCUUUCGCCUGGCUCUGGCGUUCAAAAGAUGAACAAUUUGGGCGAGAUCCUGUCCCAGAAAGUUAUUUCUAGUUCAGUGAAGAGAAAUAUUUCGGGCGAUUAUGAUAGACCCUCCAAGCCCAUCCCACCGGCAAAGGUUAAUUGGGUCCUCGGCGGUCCUGGGGGGAAUAUGUGGAACGCCUUCAUGGACGACUCUAAGGUCCCGGAUUUUGUAAAGCAAAAGUGGUCCGAGACUUUUGUAUCAUCCGUCUCUGGUGCAAGCGUUAGUGUAGCAAGGUUUUAAGUUAUGAUUGUUCAUCCAAACUCAUGUAACAUAAUGUUUUCCCAGAUCCUAACUUUUUAGAGAUCUGUAGAUGUAUGAUAGAGAGAUGUGUUGUAGAAUACAGGAGCAGUUUGCACAUCAUUCAACUGAGAAAUACGACAUCGAAACGACAAUGCCUAAACGA